AUGAUGCAAUCACCAUGUAUAGAUUGGGAUGCUGACUUACCCGAAGAAUAUCUUUCGACAUGGCUUACAUGGACACACUCGCUGAGCAUUAUUGAGGAUUUGAAGGUUCCCCGGAAAUACUUAUCCAUUGGAUUUUCAGAACUUGGGAACAAACAAGUUUUGAUAUUCUCGGAUGCAUCAGAAUUAGCUAUAUCGGCUGUAGCUUACCUACAUGAUAACAGAGACAGCUCCCUAGGAUUCAUCAUAGGAAAAUCUAAAGUUGCUCCAAGGCUAGCUUCUUCUGUGCCACGUUUGGAAUUAUGUGCUGCAGUGUUAGGAGUCGAGAUUGCUUGUAUUAUCCGUGAUCAAUUGGACAUUAGCGCUGAUCAUUUCCAGUUCUUUAUUGACAGUAAGAUAGUAUUAGGAUACAUCCACAACCACACUAAGAAAUUUCUUACUUAUGUGAGUAACAUGAUUCAGCGCAUCCUCAACUUUACCUCAGCAGAUCAUUGGAACUUCAUUGCAACCAAUCAAAAUCCUGCCGAUCACGGUACUAAGCCUACCUCUGACAGAGCUGUCUAUGACUCAUGGAUUUGUGGACCUGUAGAAUGGCUACAAUUUCAGGACAUAAACUCAAUUCAAGCUCCAAUGUUUGAACUUGUAGAACCGAACUUGGACAAGGAAAUAAAGCAAGAAGUUCUCAUUAAUAAAGUGCACUCAUCUAGUCCACCAUUUGGUACUCACCAUUUUGAAAAGUUUUCUUCAUGGAGGAAUCUUGUACAUGCUAUCGCCUCAUUGAAGUUAUUGGUCAGGAGAAGGAAACGGCGCAGUGAAAAUGACAAACAGUUAAGAGAUACAGAGGAAGACAAGAUACAUGCUCGCAAGGACGCGGAGGAAUUCAUAAUUCGCUUAAUUCAGAGUAAAAAUUUUGGAAAGGAAAGAGAUGCACUUAAAGAUGGCAAAAUACUCCGUAAGGAUAGUUGCAUUUCUAAACUGGAUCCAUUUUUGAACAAUAAGGAUAUAUUCCAAGUUGGUGGCAGACUGCGACAUUCUGAAUUUGAUCUGGGUGAAAGAAAUCCAAUUCUUAUGCCUGGAAAACAUCGUGUUUCAAGACGGUUAGUUGUACACUAUCAUGAGGAAACACACCACCAAGGUCGCCAUAUAACCGAAGGUGCCAUAAGAAAUGCGGGAUGGUGGAUUACAGGUGCCAAACGUUUGAUAUCCUCCAUAAUACGUAAGUGUGUGAAGUGUAGAAGAGGACGAGGGAAGUUUCUCAACCAGAAAAUGGCUGAUCUUCCACCUGAGCGUUUGCAAUCAUCGCCUCCUUUUACUUAUGUUGGAAUUGAUUGUUUCGGUCCAUGGAAUGUGACAACGAGAAAAACACGUGGCGGCAGCGCAGACUCCAAGAGAUGGGCUGUGCUCUUUACAUGUUUGUGUUCAAGGGCUGUACAUAUAGAAGUGAUUGAACAAAUGAGUACACCGUCAUGUAUUAAUGCCCUAAGACGUUUCUACGCAACCCGUGGUGCUGUAAAAGAAUUAUACUCAGACAGAGGAACGAACUUCAUUGGAGGUGUCCGUGAACUCGGAAUCUGCUCAAUAAAUGUGGAGGAUCCCCUAUUCAGAACAUGUUAA